AUGCCUCUCUACCAGUCCCCAAACUUGCACGACAACGUGCUCUCGCAGUUCUCACUCAAAGGCAAAAUUGUCGCGGUGACUGGGGGCGCUCGGGGCAUCGGCUUAGAGGUGGUGCGCGGUCUAGCAGAAGCCGGAGCCGACGUCGCUCUGAUCUACACCUCCAGCACCGACGCCCCCGAGACUGCCGCUAAGGUAGCCACGGAGACGGGACAACGCGUCCAGGCCUACCAGUCCGAUGUUACCAAGCGUGAUGUGAUUGCAGCCACUCUCAACCAGAUCACUGAAGAGUUUGGUCAUGGGAAACUGAACGUGGUCGUGGCUAAUGCCGGUGUGUGCACCAACUGCCCCAACCUUGAGUACACCGAGGAGAGCUGGCGUCGCGACAACCUCGUGAAUUACGAUGGAGUUAUGUGGACGGCCCAGGCGGCAGGAAAGAUUUUCAAGAAGCAGGGCCGGGGCAACCUCGUCAUCACUGCCUCCGUCAGCUCCAUCCUGGUCAAUAUUCCUCAGACACAAGUCGCAUACAAUGCCUCUAAGGCGGCAGCGGUGCAUUUGGCCAAGAGCCUUGCUGUCGAGUGGACUGAUUUUGCGCGGGUGAACUGCAUCUCGCCUGGAUUUAUUAUGACUAAAAUGCUCACCCAGCAGCCAAAGGAGUUGUUCGAACAGUGGCUCAACAUGGUCCCUGGCCGCAGGAUCUGCGACCCAGCCGAGCUGAAAGGUGCAUAUGUCUUCCUGGCUAGCGAUGCCUGCUGCUAUAUAACAGGAGCCAAUAUUGUCAUUGACGGCGGAUACACUCUGCCUUGA